UCACCCUUCGCGGAUCGCAAAAGACAAAGGAUUUAACGAGCUUUCCAAUUUGAGCUUCAGUUCAUAUGGUUAUUCUUUCUUUCUUUGAGCCAGUUUAAAAGUUCACUCGUUCUAUACUAUUUGCAAAGAAGCCUAAAGAACAAAUCGAAAUCUGUCAACACAAAGCCUAACGAGCUGUCAUUAUAUCUGUAUAAAAAUUCAGUUGAAGGGUUUAAAAGUUGAGAUUUAGAUAUUAUGGCUACUUUACUUCCGGGUAAUAUAGUUUACGGUGGUCCCAUAACCACUCGCGAGACAAAUGACUACAAAUCUUUGGGACAUUUCAUAAUGGAAAAGUACAAGGAAUUUGAUGAUCGAAUUGUUAUGGUCGAUGCGGUCAGCGGUAAAGAGUACACCGCGAAAUAUAUGCACGACUCGGCUAUAAGAGUGGCUUAUAUUCUAAAGAGUUUAGGAAUAAAAGCUAAUGAUGUGGUAGGUUUAUCUAGUGAAAAUUGCUUUGAAUUUGCUAUAACCUUAUUUGGCGCUUUUGCUAUAAAUGCUACAGUGGCUCCUUUCAAUAUUACUUAUUCAGAACGUGAAAUGCAUCAUGGCAUCAAUUUGUCGAAACCUAAAGUGAUUUUUUGUUCAAAAAUAACUGCUGAACGUAUAGCUAACGUAGCCAAAAACAACGCAUUUGUUAAAAAAAUUAUCUCAUUUCAUAGUCAAAAGUCAACAUCUGAUAUUCUCUCUUUUAACGAAUUAAUGGAUAGCAUCAGUAUUCCAUCAAACAAUACGUUUGAAUAUGAACCGGUGAAUAAGAAUGAAGAUGUAACCUUAAUUGUAUGCUCUUCCGGAACAACAGGCUUGCCAAAAGGUGUACAAAUAACGCAAUCAAAUGUGUUAAGCACUUUGGAUUCUCAAUUAGCACCUACGGUUAUCCCUAUCGGUGAUGUUAAAAUGCUAACAGUUAUACCGUGGUUUCAUUCCUUUGGCUGUUUAACUUUGAUAUUUUGCGCUUGUGCUGGUACUUGCUUAGUGUAUUUGCCGAAAUUCGAGGAUCAUUUGUUUUUAAGUGCUAUCGAAAAAUACCAGGUUAUGAUGGCGUUCAUAGUUCCACCUCUAGCUGUAUUUUUAGCUAAACAUCCUAUUGUUGAUAAAUACGAUCUAUCUUCUCUAUUGGUGUUAUUGUGUGGGGCGGCACCCCUUAGCAAAGAAACGGAAGAUCAAAUUAAAGAAAGAAUUGGAGUACCAAUUAUACGUCAAGGCUACGGUCUCAGUGAGACUACAUUAAGUGUGCUGGUUCAAAAUGAUAAUGCCUGUAAACCGGGCAGCGUGGGUGCCUUAAAAAUAGGAGUAUAUGCUAAAAUUAUCGAUCCGGACACUGGCAGAAUUUUGGGCCCAAAUCAACGUGGUGAAUUAUGCUUUAAAGGUGAUUGCAUAAUGAAAGGUUAUAUAGGAGAUGUAAAAUCAACUCAAAGCUCCAUCAUUGAUGGUUGGUUGCAUACCGGCGAUAUUGGUUAUUAUGAUGAGGAUUUUGAAUUCUUUAUUGUCGAUCGAAUUAAGGAACUUAUUAAGUACAAAGGUUUUCAAGUGCCUCCAGCUGAAAUUGAAGCAAUACUUUUAACUAAUCCUAAAGUCAAAGAUGCUGCCGUCAUAGGCAAACCAGAUGAAGAAGCUGGGGAAUUACCAAUGGCAUUUAUCGUUAGUCAACCUAAUGCUCAACUUAAUGAACAAGAGAUUAUUGAUUUUGUGGCACAACGGGCAUCACCAGCAAAACGGCUACGUGGUGGUGUAAUGUUUAUCGAUGAAAUACCCAAAAAUCCUAGUGGCAAAAUUUUACGACGGCUUUUACGUGAUUCGUUGAAAAACAAACUUAAAUCGAAAAUAUAGCUUUCCCAAGCGACGGUACACCAAAAUUGUGACGAAAGGCAGCACAAUAAUAAGCGUUUUAACAAUUUCUUUCCAAAAAUUUGAGGUAAAAACGUUAAAUUAAUUCUCUAAUUUAUAUUUAAAAAAAAAAAAAAAAUAGUGUUUAAUAGAGUGGUCUUAUCUUUAUGUACAAACAUGUAAACCAAAAAUAUAAAUGGGCUUAUCUUAAAACUUUCUUCCUGGAAGAUGCAAAGUGUCCUUGGUGAACGCAUUCGUGGCAGUAGCACUUUUGCUUCUGUCUAUUUGCUCAUUAUCUAUGUAUAUGGGGAACUUUAUGCUAUACUUCUGCACUUGUAUGUCACUCACUUAAACAUGAAAAAAUUUUACAUAACUGUAAAGUAAAAAUUUUCGACAUUCUUCAGCUAUCUAGCUUUUAACAGGACAUUAUAAAUUUACAUUACAAAAAUUAAUAUAGAAAUAUAGCACUUUUUCCUCCAUGUUCAUUGAAAUUGCAAGGUACGAUGCCAAAAAUGCGUUAUUAUAUAAUUAAUUAUCUUAAUUCAUUACGCUGGCUAAGACAUUAGUUGCACAUUACAGUAAUAGUUGUUACGACUUUUUAACAUAUUGCAUUGUUCUAAUACAAAUAUGAAAUUUUUUAAAUUACUGGCCAAGAAUGAUCACAAUCGAGUAUAGAUAUUAUUUAGGUAAAUGCAUUUUAAUAUAUUUCACAUAAAGAAAUAAAAUGUGGGACUAGCAACUAAGAAUUUCGGAUCGGUUUUUUAAAAAGAAAAUUUAAACAUCUGAUCGAUUGAUUUAAAAAUACAUGUUAGAAAAUGGGUUUCCUAAGAAAGUGAAAUAAUUUUGAUUAAAGCUGAAGCGUGGGUUAUUGCACAAACUUAACACAUUACAUCACAUCGACAUAAGCGAUUUUGUUUAAAGCUGCAGUUUUUAUAGAUAAACAAAUUAAUUUG